AUGCCUAUAUUUGAAGAAGGGCAGUCUUUUUUGACUGAGCGGCCAGUCAGCGAAUACUUCCAGGCGACUGCAGCCUCCACCGUCCCCACCGUCAAAGUCUACGUUGGCCCUGAACGGAAGCUGUUCAUCUUUCCUGAAGCAUUCCUUUGCGAUCGAAUCAAAUUCUUUAAAUCAGCCUUCCAAAGUGGCUUUCGCGAAAGCACAGAGAAAUCUAUCGACCUGCCAGAAGAUGACCCGGUGGCAUUCUCUUUCAUUAUCGAUCAUACUUUGGGAAAUGGGUCGGAGAUGAGUGAUAAAGUUCCUCCCGAGGAUAUGCAACUGGCACUUUGCAAAGCAUAUGUUCUCGCGGACAAGCUCGGAUGUCUAGAUGCUGUAUGGGAAGUCGUCGAUUAUUAUCUCGAGGGCUUACGAUAUGAGGAGGACUUUGAACGCCGAUUCGUCUGUCGUAGAGCAUCAAAAUUUGUGUACGAAAAGACUCCAGAGUCAGCAUCAAUCCGCAAAACAAUGGUGAGGGCGACGAUGUAUCUAUACCACUCGCCGACAUGUUUCUCUGUAGAGAAUGGAGAUUGGUGGAGUCUGCUACAAGCCAUCCCAAGUUCCACGUCGACAACAUGGUGUCCAUCAGGAAGAAGAACUUUCCCCGCCUUCCUGCUCGCCGACAACAGCAUCUUCUUCCGCGACUGCUACAAGGGCAUUUUCCACCUCAACUCCAGUCCCGAAAACACAGUCGAAAUGCCAGAAGACGAUCCCGCUACCUUCGGUCGAAUUGCAGACUGGAUAUUCUCAGGUAAACUUCCUUAUUUCUUCGGCGAGAAAAGCACAGAUGUUCAGACAGAGUUAUGCCCGUUGUACGUAAUGACAGAUAAAAUGGACAUUGGAGAGUUGAGGAGGCAGCUUGAGAACCGUUUUCGUGUAUUUAAGGAGGAGAGGAUUACCAGUAGAGGACUGGUGAAGGUUGUGUAUGAGGACGCGGUAUCCACCAGCAACAUAUGCCAGGUUCGAAAUCACCCAGUUCCAUCUCCUUGA